AUCCAUACAGAACUAAACUGCAUGUGUAUGAAUGAAAUUCUUUAUACUUUAAUGUAACAAACAGUCUGUUUAACUAUAUAAGGCUGAGAUAAGCAGGUGAAGUAAAAGAUGGAUAAUGUAUGCCUUUACUAACACCAGUUUUUUUUUAUAUUGUCAAAAUAUAAAUGACUGACAAGAUUUUUUCUGUUGUAGUACCAUCUGCUACACUGUCCACACCAACUGAACUGACGGGUUCACAAGUAGAUGCCCCUGCUCUGCCGAUGGUAAAGAGACCUGUGCCCCUUCCUCAGGAGCUGAUGUUCCUGAUGCCAGAAACACCAGGACCCUUGCCAACAGAGACAACUGUCACUGUUCCAGUGUCAGAGGCACUUCCGAUUUCUCCUGAGACGUCUGCAGAGCCCAUUCAACCGCCGCUGCAACCGCCAAGAGCUCAAAGUCAGCCAUUACCCAGGCCAUCAGCUGUCCCCAGCUGUCCUCCUCCACAGCUUCCUGGCUAUGACCAUGAUGUCAGUCAGUGGAACUGUUCACAGCAGCAGAGGAUCUGGAUGAAGACAGAGCUGGAAUCCCUGGGUCUCUGGCCAGGCUCCAUUCCUGUGCGCAACCCCAUGAAGAUGCUGUCACUGUGGCGUCUCCCUCCCCAGCCAGAAUUAAUUGACAGCAUCUCUGAUCUUCCAUCCCCAAAGUACUUUCAGCUCCAUCCCUUUUUCAUAUGGAAGCCAGAGAAUGACAACUUGAUGGCGAGGCUGAGGAACAACGACACUCUGCCAUGUAUUGAAGGUUGUGCUCAGCCUCAAGUUACCUCUGCAGGUGUUGGUAGGCCUCGUGUGAUUGUUGGCAUCACUGGACAGUACUACCUGUUGUCAUCCAGGCUGUGCUGCAAAGUUUGCCGGAAGAGGUGGUAUGCUGACAACCCACUGUGGCUGGAAAAGCUUCCAAAGAGGUUCACAAACCUGUUGCCAGCAAUACUGACCUACAAAAAGGCCAUCUGUAAAUCGGUCAUGGACGAGCUCAGACGCACAGGUAACUCACCCACCGACAUGACAAAGCAGAUCAUGGAGAUGAUGCACCUGAAAUACGAACGUGCUCACCUGGCCUACCUCCUCAGCUGCCAAAACACCAUGGAUGGCGAGGCAGGGAGGUAUGACCAAAAGAACCAUCACUCAGUUCAUAAGACAGGAAACCAAGCCAGCUCCCUUCGGGGACUACGGGGAUUCAGAUGGCUGGAACGGGAUCUCUGUGUCUGCACACUACCUGACUGACUGCCUGCUGCAUGAGUAUCAACACCAGGAAGAUGCCAUCAAAAUACACAUUCACACCUGGAAGCUGCCCAGUACAACCACAGUCUGAUCUGCUGGUCACUGAGCAACUCCACUGGAGCGG